ACAGUUCCAAACGUGACGUCAGCACGUUUUGUUGCUGUACCGUCUCCCCGGGAGUCAGAAUAAACGUGUUCACGUCUGAAGCUUUAGUGUAAAUUACAGUGUGCAGCUUCUCCACUCACUUCAGUUUGGAGUGUACACAUCUUCGUCGACGUCAUGAGCACGUUAUGGAUGGGAAACCUGGAGACCUACAUGGACGAGAAGUUCAUCAUCAGAGCGUUCUCCACCAUGGGCGAGCAGGUGGUCAAUGUGCGGAUCCUCCGAAACAAGAUGACAGGUGUAUCAUCACAUAGUGGCGCCCUGGGUUACUGCUUUGUGGAGAUGACAGACGAGGCCACAGCUGAGAGGUGUCUGCGCAAGAUCAAUGGAAAGUCUCUGCCAGGUGCCAAUCCGCCCACAAGAUUCAAGUUAAACCGAGCCAACUUUGGGAAACAAGACAAUACUCAACUUUAUUCUCUAUUUGUGGGAGAUCUAACUCCUGAGGUGGACGAUGGGAUGCUUUACGAGUUCUUUUACAACCGCUACCCGACCUGUCGAGGCGGAAAAGUAGUGCUGGACACCUUAGGCAACUCCAAGGGCUGUGGGUUUGUUCAGUUCCCAGAUGAGCGGCUGCAGAAGCGGGCGUUAGAUGAAUGUCAGGGAGCCAUGGGACUGGGCAGUAAACCUCUGAGACUCAGCCUGGCUGCUAACAAUUUAAGGAACCGACAGCAGCAGCAGCAACAACAGCAACAGUCGGACAAAUCUUGGCAGUCGAGCUCAAGUUACCCUCAGAACUAUGACCAGUAUAGCCAGUACCAGCAGCAGGCGUAUUCUGGUUAUUACUCGUCCUGGGGUUACGACCCAAAUGCAGCAGCGUACGGCUACAACUAUCAGCAGUAUGAUUACAGCCAGUAUCCUCCACCACAGGAAACUGAAGCUGUUGAGGAUGAUGGACUCGAAGAACCCAGUCCAGACGUGGACGUCGGCGAGGCCAACAGGAAGUUCAUGGAGAACAGCGAGGAGCUGUAUGACGCGCUGAUCGACUGUCAGUGGCAGUCGACGGACUUCUCGACACAACAGGAGCACCUGAUAUCCAGCCUUCCAGAGCCGCUCAGCUGCUGAGACUGAACUGAGUCCACACUAGUCUGGACUUGACCCCCCUUCCCACCCUCCCUGAGGGAUUUUUAUUUUCUUUUGUCUUCUGACAUGUAUUUUUAUUAAGGACUCAAAGUCUUACGUCAUAUGAAUAUGUAUAAAGCAGGAGUGUACACACAUGUGUGAGUUCAGAUUUAUUUAUGGAUCAACCAAAACACAGUGAAUUUAACACAUGUUAUAGAGAUGGUUCAGAAUGUUUUUUUUUUUUUUGUGUGGAUGUGCGAGGAUUGCUGCCGUUGUCGGUAACCAACCAGAGGCACUGAUGCUUGUCCUGGCAUUUCAGCAAAAAUACAAAUAAAAACAGAUUUAGCCACUGAGGAAAACAGGCUCAUCUAAUAAAAUCUUCCCCUGCUCAAGUCUAUGAAA